AAACAGCCCAACCAAUGAAAAAAAGUUGUUGUGGAAGCAGCUUAAAGAUUUCCUAGCCCUGACAUCACUCAAGUUGGUCUUAGUAUUCCUAUCCCUGAUCUUCCAACGAAUCGGCACUUCCUGAAAAUUAUUCCCUUUUCCGUAAAAUUGAUUCUUCAAGUCGAAGUUGAAUCAUGGGUCGAGUUAUACGUGCUCAACGUAAAGGAGCUGGCUCUGUUUUUCGAUCUCAUACUAAGAAAAGGAAAGGAGCAGCCAAACUUCGUUCUUUAGACUUCUCUGAAAGACAUGGCUACAUUAAAGGAGUUGUAAAGGACAUUAUUCACGACCCUGGCAGAGGAGCUCCAUUGGCAAUGGUACAUUUUCGAGAUCCUUACAAGUUUAAAACACGUAAAGAACUUUUUAUUGCUCCAGAAGGAAUGUAUACUGGCCAAUUUUUGUAUUGUGGGAAAAAAGCAAGCCUUCAAAUUGGUAAUGUGAUGCCUGUCGGACAAAUGCCUGAGGGAGCUAUCGUUUGUAAUUUAGAAGAAAAAACUGGUGAUCGAGGAAGAUUGGCUCGUGCAUCUGGUAAUUACGCAACAGUUAUUUCACACAACCAUGAUACAAAAAAAACCAGAGUAAAAUUGCCAUCUGGUGCUAAAAAAGUCAUUCCAUCCAACAACAGAGCUAUGGUCGGAAUAGUUGCGGGAGGUGGACGUAUCGACAAACCGAUUUUGAAAGCAGGUAGAGCCUAUCACAAAUACAAGGUCAAGAGGAACUGUUGGCCCAAGGUGCGUGGUGUUGCUAUGAACCCCGUUGAACAUCCUCAUGGUGGUGGUAAUCACCAACAUAUUGGAAAGGCCUCUACUGUCAAGCGAGGAACAAGUGCUGGUCGGAAAAUUGGUCUCAUCGCUGCCCGUCGUACGGGACGAAUUCGAGGAGGCAAAACUGACACCAAGAAAGAUGAUUAAACUAAUGAUACACCUAAAGUUUAAUAAAAUAAACAUCUACAAAAUAUGAUAUUUA